AUGGCUCUCCCCCCAGAGCAGAUCAAUAUCAAACGGCGACGCGAGGAAGAACCCGUCGAGACGUUGUAUAUCCAAUCAGCCCUCCACCAAACGAAGCGCCGUUUCACGGACUUCGUCUUUCAAAGAGUUCCACUCAAAGCCAGUGAUCUGGACAAUGAAAAUGAAAAUGGCAAUGGCAAUGCAUCUCCCCACCCAGCAGCACAGCGACUCCUCCGCAGCCCACGCUCCGUGAGCAGCCUGCACGUGAACAGACGAGCCAAUGCAACUCAUCAGCCCAUCUCAUCAUUAGCAUCGUCAUCAUCCAGCGGCGUCCCCACUGUCCGGGCUACGUCUCCAGGCGCAGAGAUCCGCGACGCCCAGCGCCGCGCCGCAGCGCAGAAAGACGCCGAUGAGAAGCGCAAGCGUGCUCUGCGUCCAGACUUGCUCCCGAAUGUUCAGCACCCAUCGGCAACGGCGCCUCCGAGCCCAUCGUAUAGCCAUGCGGCAGCAACAGCGGCUAUCACACCCCGGGUUUCACGCUCAGCCCCAGGCUCGGGCCCAGUUUCAACAGAGACAAGCGGUGCUGCAACACCAUCGAGUCGUGCAGCCUCUGUACGCAGAUUCCAGAUCUCGAGAACGAGUUCUCCGGCCCUGGGACUCCGGGGUGCGGGCGGUGUUCAAAAACGACGUGCCGAGGGUUCGCCUGGUGUCGCCGUUCUUGUUGAGCAGCUACAGCGAAACCAGCAUUCGCGAAAGGCGUCCAUGGUUGCGGAUUUAGUUGGAGACUCCCAGGCUCAGGCUGAAGGAAUUGUGGCGGAUCGAGACCAUCCUCUCGCAGACUCAUCAGCAGUCACAGACGACGCGCCAAUCAAGCCGCGCAAAAGACCAGUCGUAAACCAAGCCGAGAAGAAAUGGCGCGAGGAACGCAAAACAGCCGUCUCCGCAGCCAAGUCCCAUCUCGAGGAGACGUUGGAGAAAUCCGCCUGGGCCAAGUCAGCUCAGUCCUGGGACGAGGAGUCUGAGCGGUUGGCGCGGGAGUUUGAAAAGGUUGCGCUGGAGUUAGAGAAUGAUAUGGAGAUUGAUGAUGGUUCUCACGAGGAUACUCGUGCUCAGGCUAGUCCCGCUCGUGCUCCGGCGCCCAAGCCCGAUUAUUCUCGUUUUGCUUCGCCCGCACCCUCUUCAACUAAAUACCAGCCGCGGUUGCCGAAGGAACCUCGUGGUGCGGCGGUGCAGGCACAAGCACCGACACAGCCUACGGAGAAAGGUAUGGCAGAUGCUUCAGCGAAUGUGGAUGCCCAGGCUGUGGAUGACAAUGAUGAUGAUUACGUCUACGAUGUGUAUAUCCGGCGACCGCUGGCCGAGACAGAUAUGCUUAGGAACCCAUUGGCUGAACUCGAGUCCGAUCAACAGUUAAAGGAUCUUGAGGCUUCCCGCGCCGGUGUGGGUGUCAUUGUCAUUACGGCCGAGGAUGAGGAGUAUUGGGAGAAUUUCAUCGAGGAUGACGAGGAAGAGUGGGAUAGUGAGGAUGCUGAUUCGAACGCUGAAAACAAUCCUGCCAAUGAUUACCCCGACGAAGAACUCUCCUCGUCAGACGAGGAAGACGACCCGUCCGCCAUUUACAGUAAAUACCGACGCCACGGCGUGUCUGACGAUGAGGAAUUCGAUAUCAACGAUUCUGGAAGUGAGAGCGGCGCUCGGUUCGGGUCUGCUUUUGGUGGGUAUCGGCAGCGCUACGUCGAUUCUGACGAUGAGAGUAAUUGA